AUGUCUUCUCCGACAUCAUCCGUCGAGAAGGGUAUCCGUCGGCGGUUACCACCGCCACUUAACCGAAUGGGAUUGUUCGAGCCAUACAUUAAAGAUGGGAAGAAGAUUACAGAGAUCGUGAGACUGAACCCGGUGGAAGUUUUCCUUGCUGGAUUCAUUCCACCAAUGUUUGGAUCAGUAUCAGCCAUUGCAAUCGCAUUGAUUUUUCAUAAUGAUGAGAUCAGUAAUUAUAAUUGGCAGUGUGGGCGCGCCCGCCUUCCAUCCCUCUCCAGAAUCAUCAAUCUUCCAGUCGAAAGAACAUUCUGGCAACUGUUUCUCCUCUUCCAUGUACCUAUUCGAGUGGUAGAACUCAUUACUGGCUUUUCGCGAUACAAACGAAUGCGAAAUGUGAACUACAAACGCGUUUGGCUGUAUGAGCUCAGCAGAUAUCUGUACUUUGUUGUGGGAUUGAUGGAACUCAUUUUCUUAUCAGGAUUAUCAAUUAUUGGAGAGCGAGAGAAUAUUCAAGUCCACGUCAUCUUCUUCUACGUUUUUGGAAUCUGUGGAAUCGUGCACAUGAUAUCCAACAUCUUCUGUCAUGCACACUCACUGUAUUAUUUGAAUCCUUAUGGUCGUCUAUCAUACUAUCUGAAAAUCGUGUUCACAUCUCUCUAUGUUCUAUCGACUCCAAUUCUCGUUGCUUCUUUCCUACUCUACUGGAGGAAAUGUAUCACUUGGGCAUACGACGUAUUCGCUCUUUGCGAAUACAGUGGAGUGUUCCUGAAUAUUUGUUUCCAUGGAUGUGCAUUUUUCGAUAUUCGAUAUAAGGUUACGUUUAGCGUUCGAAAAAUCGAAGACGUCGUCCAAAACGAGCCAACCAAACAACAAAUCGAAGCGAUUCCAGAAAAACAUUAG